CUUAAUUUAAAGACAUUAUCAGAAGGUUUCAUCUCCUAACCUAUUGAGGACGCACAGAGACGUCAGGUCUCCUUGUUAAAUUUUCUAAGAUGGUGGCUCUGAACCUGAAGCAGCCGUACUGCAUCUACAUAUUUGCGUAUCUAUGGCUGGUGACUCUUUCUGUAAUAAAUGCAAAGGCUAUGUUACAACCCAAGCCCGAUGAGAUUGGGACUCUGAAUGAAGAAACUGUAAGAGCACCCAGAGACGUGUCAACAGAGCAAAAGGAAAUAGCAGCCCUAGGAAGACCUCUCUUUCCUGGUAUGCUGUACGACUUGCGCAGAGAUUCCUUCAUUUCAGGUGUUACUUUGUGGGACAAGAAAUCACUGGAGGAAAACUUGCAGAGCCAUCCACGGGCCAAUACAUUUACGAAGUUUAGUAGCUCUGACACUGUCUCUAGAAAGUCCAGUCUCCUGGAUGUAAGUGCUUCCCUAAAGACCAGUUUCUUGGGGGGGCUGGUGGAGGUGGGAGGAUCUGCCAAGUACCUGCGUGACACCAAAUCCUCAAACCAACAGUCCAGAGUUACAAUGUAUUACAGCGAAACCACAAGACAUGAACAGCUAACUAUGAACCAUCUGGGCAAGAUCACCUACCCUGAGGUGUUUGACCAGAAAUCAGCAACUCAUGUGGUCGUGGCUGUGCUGUAUGGAGCUCAGGCAUUCAUGGUGUUUGAUCAGACAUUUUCAGAAUAUGAAGACCAGCAGAAGACUGAGGCAGAUCUGAAUGCCGCUGUCAACAAUAUCCCUAAAUUUUCGGCUGAGGGAAGCACAAGCUUGAAAAUGAACAUUUUUGAAAGGAUAAGGGCUAGGAAGAUCUCCUGCACAUUUUAUGGUGACUUCCGCCUUAAUAAGAACCCCACCACAUACAUGGAGGCCCUGGAAGUGUACAAAGAGCUCCCCACUUUGCUGAAAAAUCAUCCAGAGAAUGCAGUUCCAAUAAAAGUUUGGCUGUAUCCUCUUCAUCUUUUGAAUGCAACAGCAGCUCGGUUAGAGAAAGAAGUCAGUACAAGUGUGGCUUUUUCAAUUGAAGAUAUAAUGGAGCGGAUGAGAGAGGCAGAAAGGACAUACAAUGACCUGUCAGAAAACACACUAGUAAACAGUUUCACAGACAUUAAAGAGAGGCUACGCUCAUUUCAUGACUCGUUUAGGAUUUACAAGGAAAUGCUACUGAAAGCGGUCGGCAGGGUCUUGCCAGCUAUUCGAGGAGGAGAGAUGGAGGAGAAGUCUCUGGAAGACAUCCUGAAGAUCCACAGGAGCUCCCCAUUUGAUUUUGACAUGCUUAACCAGUGGUUAACUGAUGCAAAGUCUGAACUUCAAAUCUUGAGUUCUGUUACCAAGUCAAUGGAAGGGAUUCCAAUUGUAGAAUCAGCCAGACUAAACAGCGUCCUUAGUAAUUCUAAUUAUCUUGGAGUGUUGUGCUAUACCUUCACGUCUUUGAAGUAUGAAGACCCAUAUCUUUCAGCAUUGAAGGAGUUCCUGAAUACUGACAGGUUUAAAGAGCCAUAUGGGGAACAAAACACGGUUUCUGUGGCAUCUGUCAAAAAGUGGUUUCAGGAUGAGAAUAAUAUCGAAACAAUGAAUUUUAACGCCAAUGCCUUAAAAACUCUGGCAAAGCCGUUUCAGACAAAAAAUGUCCAUGCGAUUAUUUCUGCAAUCCCUGAUCCCGCCAUUUCAGGCUCCACCAUCUAUAUGUAUGUACAUGGAAAACUAGAAGAAAAAGAGGUGCAAAAACCAUUCAGAAUGAUAUAUGAUGCUCAAAAAGCUUACUAUGGGCGGAAAUAAACCAUACAUAAAUAUGAACGGAGUUAGAUACACUGCUAAAACUAAGCACAGAUUCAUUAACCUGGCAACUAUUAUAUUGUCUUUUUUAAUAUAAAUGCACCUCUAUGUCCUCAGUAAAUGGAGGCGUUGCCGAGUCAUUUAAAAAAAUAAUGUCUGAAUGCAAUCAAAUCAAUCAAAUAUGAACUCAGAAUAAAAUGCUGUAUCAAAGAU